AUGCGCGCGCCGUUCGGGCCCGCGGUCCUCACCGCUACAAUACUUGCUGCCACCCUGGUACUUUCGCAGGAAGAGGGUUACUACGCAGAGGAUGCAUACCAAGAAGACCCUGUCGACUUCUCGGACGUCAACAUCACCUGUCCUUCAGACAUACUCAUUCGCAGAAGCGAAAUUUGCAAAGAAGAUGGAAUCGACGUGCCUUGCAUGCGAGUGCACUGUUGUGACAAUUACGCCCUUAUUGCUGGCAGAUGUAUUCCAAAGACAGUGAGUCCAUGUAGUUUACAACUCUGUGAGCAAGCGUGUGAAGUACAAGAAGACAAAGUGUGGUGUUCCUGUCACCGUGGGUUCAAAUUCGAUGUAAACAAUUAUCAAUUGAAGACGCAGCCUUAUUGUGUUGAUGUGAACGAGUGUUUAAAUAACAAAGGCGGAUGUGAGCAAAACUGCGUUAAUGAUCCUGGGGGAUACCAUUGCGAGUGCAGACUGCCCUUUAGCUUGGCCAGUGAUGGCAAGAGGUGCGAGCGGAGCAUUCCCAUGCCAGUACCGAUGGCUCUGCCCCUAAUACGCACAUCCAGGUGCUACGCGUCAUGCGAUAGUGUCAGUUGGCUGUCGCAGAAAGUAAAGCUGUUGUCCGAUCAACUGCACAAUGCGCAAACUGUCCUUAAGAAGAUUAUGGAGCAUCCAGUUUUCAGUGACGAGGUUCCAGAAAGAAUGCUCGACUCGAUGGCCCCCCUCGAAGGCGGGUUUUGCCGCUGCGAACGAGGACCUAGAGGUCCAGCUGGUCCUCCAGGGAUGGAAGGGCCCAAAGGCGACAUGGGACCGCGAGGCCCCCGCGGUAACAAAGGCCCCAAUGAAUCCAUGGACCUCAUGCUGUUGCUAUUGGCUGACGUCAGACACGAUAUCCGCAAUUUAGAAGACAGAGUGUAUAUGAAGGGAGAAGUGCCCGAAAGAUUCAACCUACAGAAAGCGUGGCGAAAACAGCGCAAGCAAGAAAAACAGGCGAUGGAGAGCACAGUAGAACAAGACCUUGAAGCUUAUACGAUCCCGGCGGUGGAUAUCAAUACUGGACCUGUCGAGAUUACGCCUAACGGAGUAACAGGGAAAAUACACCAAACCUCAGCAGCAACAACAGAUAAAUACCUAAUUAAAGGCGAGACAGAACCAUUUUCACUUGGUCUCUCAACAGUUAUCGAUGACAAACUGAAGGAGUUCCACAGACUGGCCAGCGCGUUCAAAGAUGACUCCGAUGACGACGAGGCUCUUGAAAAUGAUAACGAUUACAGCUUCUAUUAGC